AUGUGCAGCCCGCAGAUGCACGAAGGCUCUGAUUUCAAGGAAGCCCAUGCAAACAUCCACCGCGGAGACAUCCUCGGCGUCCGAGGAGUCGUUGGCAAGUCCAAGCGUGGAGAGCUGUCAAUCUUUCCUAAAGAGGUAAAGCUCCUCUCCCCGUGCCUGCACAUGCUUCCUAAAGACUAUUCAGGCCUUAAAGACCAGGAGACCAGAUACCGGAAGAGAUAUUUGGACCUGAUGAUCAACGAGGACGUGAGAAAAACCUUCUUGAUGCGGUCCUCCAUUACAAACUUCAUCCGUCGAUUCCUCCAGGAUCGAGGAUUCCUUGAGGUGGAAACGCCGAUGAUGAACGCAAUUCCUGGUGGUGCUUCGGCCAAGCCUUUCAUCACCAGGCACAAUGAGCUGAACAUGGAUCUGUACAUGAGAGUCGCUCCAGAGCUGUACUUGAAAAUGCUUGUGAUUGGUGGCCUUGACCGUGUCUUCGAGAUUGGCCGCAACUUCCGCAAUGAGGGCAUCGACCUUACCCACAACCCAGAGUUUACGUCAUGCGAGUUCUACAUGGCCUAUGCUGACUAUGAGCAGCUCAUGACCAUGACAGAGGAACUCAUUAGCUCCAUGGUACACGAGCUCACCGGGAGCUAUGUGUUGUCAUACCACCCUCACGGGCCCGAGAAGGAAGCAGUGGAGAUCGACUUCACACCUCCCUGGCCUCGGGUGUCCUUGGUGGAAGAGAUUGAGAAGCAAGCUGGCGUGACACUGCCUAGAAACUUCGAGGAUGAGUCGGCGCGCAAGGUCUUGGACGAUUUAGCCAGCUCCUUGCACAUCGAUUGCCCUCCGCCUCGGACGACGCCGAGGCUGUUGGAUAAGCUUUGUGGCCACUUCAUUGAGGAUCGGAUUGUCAAUCCCACAUUCAUCACGGAACACCCACAGGUCAUGAGCCCUCUGGCCAAAUGGCAUCGCAGCAAAGAGGGCCUUACGGAGCGAUUUGAGCUCUUCGUUAUGGGCAAGGAGCUCUGCAACGCUUACACAGAGCUCAACGAUCCUGAGAGGCAGCUGGCGUGCUUCCAGGAGCAAGCUGAAGCUAAGGAUGCCGGCGAUGAGGAGGCGCAAAGUGUAGACCUCGGCUUCGUCACUGCACUGGAGCACGGCUUGCCGCCAACCGGUGGAUGGGGUUGCGGAAUCGAUCGCUUGGUGAUGUUUCUUGCAGACAAGAACAACAUCAAGGAGGUCAUACUGUUCCCUGCCAUGAAGCCCCUGCAAUCGACCCAG